AUGGCAGGUGAAUAUGAUUAUCAAUUGUGGAUUUAUCAGUGUCAAAAAAUAAUCCGUGAAGCAGAACUAAAAAAAAAAUUAGGCGCAAAAGGAUUAUCAGUGCUUUAUUAUGCAAUGAACUAGUUAUACAAAAUUGUAGAAAAAAAUAUACACAAAAAAAAUUUUGGAUUCAUCCUUUAUUUAAAUUACGGCGAGACUAUGGCUUUUUUGAGGCCAUAUUCCCAACUCUUUCUUCGUAUUCUGAAAAAAUUGAAAAUUACAUCCGAAUGACAGCAAUCCAAUUUGAAGAGCUUCUAUGUUUAGUUGGCCCGAAAAUAUCAAAACAAAAACUUGUAAGAGAGCCUAUUUCAGCUCCAGCACGACUAGCUAUGACUUUGCGAUUUCUAGCAACUGGUGACUCAAUGUCAACGAUGUCGUAUCAGUAUUUAGUUGGUCGAGCACGCAGAACUAUUGAAAAUUCAUUCGGGAUCAUAGUGAGUUUAUGGAGGAUUUUAAAAAAACCAAUUGAUGCUACAGUUGAGAAUACAAUCGAUAUGAUUCAAGCAAUCAUAUGUUUGCAUAAUUGGCUACGCAAGCAUGACAAAGAUGAUGUUUACAUCCCACCUAAUUUAGUAAUUGAUCAAGAACGCCCUGAUGGUAUAAUUUCUAGAGAUUUGAGGCAUGAAGUUAACGAUUCUGCUCUCAAAGAUACAACAGCUUAUGGCAAUAAUUUCAGUAGCAGAUCUGCAGUAGCUGUUAGAGAUGAAUUUUGUGAAUAUUUAAAUGCCGAAGGGGCUGUUCCCUGGCAAUAUAAUCGUAAAGUU